UUGGCGAUAUGGCUUCUACAUGGUUGAUGAGGAAAGGAUUCUUCCAUCGGUUGACGUUAAUGCCAAGUUCAUCAAUGGAAAGCCUUCAGGGAUUGAAGCAAAGUAUGUCACGAGGUCUCCAAGGGAGCACAGACAAGACAACUCAUUUUCAUUAAGGGUCCUACUCGGGUACAGUAAUUCACUGGUGCAAAGGUACUUAACUUUGGGACAGGUUCCUGAGAUUCAUGGACAUGGCUCGCAGUUCCAAAAAUGA